AUUCGGACGCGAUGACAGCGUACGUGCCACCCGAGUGGGCCGCCGGCGGGCAGAACGUCUAUGGCCUCUCGCUCGAGGUCAUCAAGAGCGGCGUCGUCUUGGACACGGUCGCGCUGGAUGCCAAGCCCUUCUUCGUUGCCGGCCGCAUGGAGCCGCUCUGCGACCUCGUGCUGCAGCAUCCGUCUGUCUCGCGCACCCACGCCGCUCUGCAGUUUGACGCCGACGGCAAGCUCUUUGUCGUGGAUCUCAAGAGCACCCAUGGCACGCACGUCAACAAGCGGCGCCUCCCGCCCAGCGAGUACGCGCAGCUGUACGUCGGCGACGUGGUCGUCUUUGGCGAGUCUACGCGCAUCUACACGAUCCUUGGCCCACCCGAACUCAUGCCCGAUGAAUACAACUCGACCAACUUGGAGAAGCUCCGCGCGUCACUGGCCGAGAAGAAGCGGCGGCCAAAAAAGCCAAGUGCUUGCGACGAUGGCAUCUCAUGGGGCUUUGGUGAAGAUGCGGAAGAAGAGGACGACGCCGACCGAGACGACAGCAGCGACGACGAAGGCAGCGACAAGCGCCGGCAACCCGCUGUCAAGUCUGCGCGGCAAGAGAGCUUGCCCGACUACUUGCGCGACCGCAAGGAUGUCUCGGGGCCGUACGUCUCGAGCGUGUCGAGAGAGUCCAUUUCGGCCAAGGACACGGCGCUUUAUACCCGUCUCCAGGCGCGCAUGCAAAAGAUGGAAAACCUCCGCACCGAGUCGGAGCGAAUUCGAGCCAAGCAAGGCAUGGGGCUCACGGACGGCCAGCAAGCCGCGCUCGACAAAAACGAAGCACGGAUUGCGCAGCUCCAAGAAGAAAUUCAGACCAUCGAAGCGACGCUGCAAGCCAAGCAGACGCAGCGGCUGUCGCAAAAGGCCCAGCUCGAUGCCAAGAAGGAGGCCGGUGCGACCAAAGCCGCGACCAAGCCCAAGACGUCGACCGCGUACGACGACGACGACGACGAUGAUUUCUAUGACCGUACCAAGGCCCAUGCGCCCAAGAAGCACGUGCCGCUGUCGGUCGCUCCGCGCGUCUUGACCGCUGACUCGAUUCGCGCCAACCUACGCGCGCUCAAGCACCAGCUCGAGACGAUCCAAGCUCAGUAUCGCAAGAACGAAGCGGCUGCUGCCACGACGCUUGAAGCCAGCACGGACGACGGCGACGACAGUUUGGACGCCUAUUUGCAAGCGUCCAAUGCAGCGCUCGUGGCCGACCAGCGCACCAAGCUGCAAGCCGAGACGAUCCGUCUCGAGGCGCUCAUUGACGAGCAAGAGAAGCUGCUAGCCAUCGCGACGCCAGCGCUCGACAAGGUUGUCGAGAAGCCCACGCCUGUGGCGUUUGCUCCGGACGUCGAGUCCGCUCCAGUUGUGGCCCAAGUCGCCAAGCCGGUUGAGGCACCGGUAGCCGCGGCUGACCCGCAGCAGCCACCUUCGUUGCUCGUGCUUGCACCUUCUGUUUCCGUCGAGACGACAGCUUUGCAUCCAAGUGUGUCGUCGGGCGAGAGCCCGCCGACGCCACCAGAAGAGCUUGUGCGUACCGUGAGCUCGCUCGAUGUCGAAGCAGCAGGCCAGAAGAAGCGCCCGGUCCCAUCGACCGCGCCCAAGCCCAAGCGGCAACGCCCGAAUGGCGCCAAGCCCGCCAAAGUGUUUGAUGACGGCGUCCUCGAAGGCGGUGAGAGCGUAUGGCAGCCGCCCGCCAACCAAACCGGCGACGGCCGCACGGCGCUCAACGAUAAGUACGGCUACUAAUACAAGGACG